AUGGUCCAGGAAGCACCAUCAAUGCCACCUUUUCCAGCAACGUUCAUUUACCCUCCGUUGACUAGUGCGGAGGAGUCAGACCGUAUGCAACAAAUGACCCAGUCUUCACCAAUGUCACCUUUUCCAACAACGUUCAUCUAUCCUCCAUCUAAUAAUGCAGAAGAGUCGAGCCGUGUUCCACCAACGAGCCAGACCCCACCAAUGCCACCUCCUCCAACAAUGUUCAUCUACCCUCUCUCGGCAAAUGCGGAAGAGGCGGACGUUGUUCAACAAACGAACCAGCCCCCACCAAUGCCACCUCUUCCAACAACGUUCAUUUACCCUCCGUUGACUAAUGCGGAGAAGUCGGACCAUGUUCAACCAACGAACCAGCCCCCACCAAUGCCACCUCUUCCAACUCCGUUCAUCUACCCUCCGUCGAUGACCGCAGAGAAGUCGGGCCUUUUUCAACCUACCAACCAGCCUCCACCAAUAACACGACCCCCAUCGGAGGAGUUGAGAAGCUUUGAAAAUUCAUCAACUACUCCAUCGACUAAUGCGACUGAUGCGACAUUUAUAAGUGAAAGUGAAACUAAUGUUGGAGGUACGUCCCUUUUUUCUGAAGAGAAUGAAGAAUCUGAGGAUAUAUGUAACAGCCCGCUAGAGUGA